UAGGCUAAGCGAGUGAAUAUAUCAAACCGGUAAGUAAUGGCGAGUCAUCUAGCCGUUCGACACAUCUCAAGAUGCUCCAUCAAACCAGAGUAUAUUUCAGACGAAUCAAAGCAAUCUUUCCACUUGACCCCGUGGGAUCUCUCCAUGCUCAACAUACGUUGCAUCGAGAGAGGUCUUCUCUUUUCAAAACCUCCUCCGACCAAAGACCCUUCUUCCAUUAAUACCAUCAUCGACCACCUUAAGGAUUCCCUUUCCCUCACCCUCGUCCACUUUCUUCCCCUGGCCGGCCACCUCGUCACACAUAAACAAGACAACCCAUCACCUUCUUACUCAAUUUCUUUGGAAUAUUCUAACAACAACAACAACCCAGGAGUGGAUUUUGUCCAUGCUGUUGCUGCUGACGUGACCAUGGCAGAUGUCCUCUCUCCCAUUGACGUUCACGUUCCCCCCAUCGUUCAAUCAUUGUUUCUGUUAGACGAAGCUAUUAGCCACGAUGGCCACACCUUGCCUUUGCUUGCUGUCCAGGUAACAGAGUUAGUGGAUGGAAUCUUCAUCGCAUGCUCCUUCAACCACGUCGUCGGUGAUGGCACUUCUUACUGGAAUUUCUUCAAUGCAUGGGCCGAGAUAUGCAGGAAGAUGAUGGUCAAGGGAAAGCAUGUUGAUAACAUCUCGUGCCCACCUGUCCUCACACGCUGGUUUCUCGAUGAUGAGAAUGGCCAUGUGGACCCCAUAAUCAACUUACCUUUCUCCCACCAUGAUGAGUUCAUUGACAGGUACGAGCCACCAGUGUUGCUCAGAGAGAGGUUCUUCCAUUUCUCCCCAGAAUCCAUUGCGAGGCUCAAAGCUAAGGCCAACGAAGAAUGCAACACCAACACCAACGCCAGCACCAGCACCAGCAUCAUAUCCUCCUUCCAGGCCUUGUCUGCACUUGUCUGGAGAUGUGUGACACGGGCACGUCGUCAUCUACCUAGUCACCAGAAAACAACUUGCAGUUUGACCGUCAAUAAUAGAUCAAGACUAAACCCACCAUUAUCACCAGACUACUUCGGAAACUGCGUUCAGGCUGUGAACGCAACCGUCACUGUUGAAGAACUGCUAAGCCAUGGAAUUGGGUGGGCAGCAUGGCUAUUGCAUGAGGCUGUGAAUGGGCAUAGUGACAGUAAUGUGAGGAGGUGGCUGGAGGGAUGGAUGGUAAGCCCUUUCAUUUACCAACCUACCAAAUUGUUGGGUCCCUGCAAUGUCGUGAUGGGGAGCUCACCCAGAUUCAACAUGUAUGGGUGCGACUUUGGGUGGGGAAAGGCAGAGGCUGUUCGAAGCGGGUCUGCAAACAAGUUCGAUGGGUACGUAUCUUCAUACCCAGGGCGCCCAGGAGGAGGAAGUGUGGAUUUGGAGGUGAGCCUUCAAUCAGAGUGUAUGACUGCUCUCGAGUCCGACCCAGAGUUUAUGGAUGCGUUGUCGCCUUAAUUCCCAC